GCAAGAUGGGCUCAGGACGUUCUUUGGCGAUGUGGGACUGGCGCUGGGGAAUUUGAAGGAUAGACAAAUCGUGGGCAACAUGUGGCGUCGGAUGGCGUGGGAGAAGUUUGGGCGAGAAUGGUUCGAUGCGUGCGAGACGGAUGAGUCGAUCCUCUACUACGAGCACCCGCAACCCAAUCACGACAAGUGGUACCUCAGACUCAGAGACCGAGAGACGGUCGUGCAGGACAACGGCAUGUACGAGAUAACCACGAUCACCGAGUACGGCCACGAGGCGGAGGAGUACAGAGCCUCGAAAAAGAUGCCCGCGGGAGCGACAGAGUGCGAGUGGGCGGGGCGGAAGUACAAGCUUCACAACUACAGCCCCCCCCCCAUUUGCGUGGACUCGACGAAGGAGAUUUCUUUCAAACUGCACCUGAAAUGCAUCUGGGACGUGGUGGAAGCGGCUUGGAACAUGAUGUGUGACGAGGUUGACGUGCCCUCGUACGCGGAUGUUCGCCGCUUCUUCUACAGGCCCGGCCAGAUCAUGUCCAUGAGCGAGCCCGAGUGUUGGUACGACGAUGAGGACGGUGAGCCAAACGACCGCAAGUACGACAGAGAGACGACGAUCCAGGCAGCGAAGGAGUUCUGUGGUAAUCUCUUGGGACUCAUGAUGAAGCACUUCGAAGGCGCGGAUCACGUGCUGAGGAAAUGCGACUGGCCAGAAGGAGAAGACUGGACAGACAUGCGGAAAGAAGAAUACUCCGAGGCCUUCAAGGAGGUGGUGGACAAGCAAUGCGAGGUCAGGGACGGUCGCUCGUGGAGCCUGAUUCCCUUGCUGCACGACAAGAGGACCCGUGUCGUCGACAUGCUCGUGGAUAGGAUCGGAGGUUUCCGGUACAAGGAGGGCAUUGUACGUACCUUGAAGGUACUUGAUGGCUUCAAAAUGAUCGACGGUGUGGUUACCAACACAUCAAUUCACGGUUAGAGAUGUAUAUUAUUUGUAUGCGUUUCAGUUUCGUUUC